CCACGGGCCACACAUGUGGCCCAGAAGUGUGGCCAGCGCGCGCCUCUUUCAGCCCGAGGCCACGCUGUUGUAAUUGCACUGGUCCCGGUUGCCUUGUCCUCUGCAUGCAUCCCCCCGCGUCGCGUCGUCUCUGAGCCUGUGUUACUCUCAAGCUACCCUCUAACGUCCCUCCUUCCCAUGUUCCAGCCCCCAUUCCUUACCGUAGUAGAGCACAAUACCCACACUCCUUGCAAAAAGACAAGCUAUGUAUCGACCACCGCUUCUCAGCCUUUGGGAACCACCAUCCCACCUCGACACCCGUUCACACCCUGCCCCCUCCGUCGCCAAUGACUCGUCCCAUAGGUACGCCACGGACCCAAACGACAGGUGGCUUGAUGUGCACCACCGCCCAUGGAGCGCAUCUCAUCCUUGCGUGUCCUUGCUGGCGAGCCUUACGUGGAGCCUGAGAUCACGUCUACGACUACAGUGCGUCAGCCUACAACACCAGCCCCGAGCGGCCCCCAACUUCAGAGUCCAGUACAGCCGAAGACGCGGCGCCACACCAGGCAGUGGUCUUCCAGCGAGGUACAUGCCCUUUGAUGCCAUGUACACGCGGUAUCCGACACCUCUGCACGAGACACUCGACUCGCACCCCGUCUCCGCUAUUGUGAGGUCCGGCAUCUCACCAGCGCCAGAUAGCUCCAGGGACUCUGUUGCUUCAUCCCAUUAUUCUGCUUCAUCUCGUCAUCCUGAAGUGGUGUCCAUACACGGUGGUUGUGUCGUCCCAUCGCAGCGUCACGACACGGAAGAUACUACAUCGAUGGUAGCCUACAACACGCUACAACCACCACCUACCCGGCUGGGAUCCAUGGCAUCCAUCACCUCCUUCACCAUGGACUCUGCUCGGGCAUUGUCCACGAUCCACGAUCUCGCUGCCCAACGUCUAUCACUAGCCAGAUCCCGUAUGACGCCAGCAUCUCCCCUCAGUUCUGGAUCAGCAUCCGUAUCUGCGCUGGAAACUCUGUCUUCUACUGCAGAGAUGGCCUCUAGGCUACUGUCGGUGCCCCACGCAAAGCCAGACGCUGCCGCGAGAGCCCAGCAUGCGUUGUCACCCCUGUCGGAACGCAGCACGUCAGGUGCGCGAACCCCUCGGGAGACAUCGGUCGCUUCGUCGGUACCGAGGUCGAGGACACCAUCUUCGUCGCCUGUGGCGAUGGACGUGCCGCUGCGUGAACCGUCUCCCCAGAUGCUGCCUCUUACCUAUGUGGUCACAACGCCGGCGCAUGUGUUGGCUUCCAUCCCUUCGCCCUCAGCGCCGCUCACGGCGUCGAUGUUCAACGCUAAUCCGUAUGGCGAGGCACGUCAAGGGCGCCCGCGCCUCAAGUUCAGGCCCUGCAAGCGGUACAAUAGCGAGGUCGCGACCGAUCCGCAGCAGGAGCAGGAGCAGCCACCUCAGAAGAAGCCGCGCCUUUCCCCUCUCCCGUCUGUUCCGCCACUUCCGCCGUGGAAGCCCCUGCCCGCCCCUGCUCCCCAAGUCAAGGUAGAGCCCCGCGAGACUACGCUGACCGACCCAGACAGCAUCCGCUAUCUGGACAAUCGGCCUCCCAAAGAGUCGGUCGGGCAACUCGCGGUCGGGUCAGGCAGAAAGUACAGCUUGUCCAGAAUCAGGUGCUUAUGGCCAGGCUGCCUUGUCAACGACUACGCGGGAGAGCUCUGGCACCAUAUAAGGGCUACGCAUCGGAGGAACGCUGGUCGACCGAAGCCCAGUGGGAACCCUGUACUCAACUGCAACUGGGCCCCGCCUGGGGAGCCGCGUGGCGACCGGUGUACCUAUCGAGACCGCGCGUCGAAGAUGUGGGACCACUUCAUAGCGGUGCAUCACAAAGAGUCUGUGAGCAAGGAGACGGGAGAGAUCGUGUGCCGUCUGGGACAGUGCACCGCGAGGUCGAAGAACCUCGACUUCCAGAGGCAUCUGGAGGAUGUCCAUUGGAAGCUGGAAGGCACGGUGCGGUGGUGCGAGGGGUGCGGGGUGUGGAAGCGGUUCGAUAAGGGGAGGCUGCUCAAGCACUUUGAGACGUGCGUGCGUAAGUUUAUGGAGAAUGAUCCUGGGUUCCGGCAGGGACUGCUUGAGUUGUAAUCUGGAAAUAUCAUGUAGCGCGCAUCUAGGCAUACGCUGUAAGCUUUGCUGAUAAGUAUAACUAAGUGCUCAUACACGAAUAUAUGCCUUAUAUCAUAGUCCUCA